AUGUGCAGGCUCUGAGCUUCAGAAAUUUGACCUCACGAAAAUGAUCAGGACAAUUGUGUUUUUUGGUACUGGUGGACUCUUCACUGCUUGUUAUAGCAAUGUCGUUAGACGUUUGCCUUUGUGGAGAACUCCAAGUCUGCACAUUAUUUGCACUGGAGUAGGGUUAUAUUUAGGAUAUUUGGGGCAUCGAUUUGAAGAAACAUCUGAAGAUAGAUAUAAAGAAAUGAUAAAGAAACAUAAAAAUGCACCAUGGUAUCCCAAAGGUCAAUUAUUGGCAGARCGAUAUGCAAGAGAGAAGCAGCUCAUACCUGAUGAAGAAGAAGUAGCUGUUCAAUGAAUUGCCACAGUAGCAUCAACUUCCCUGAUUUGAUUUGGGUCUAAACAGUUGUGUAUAUUGUUUAGCCCUUUUUCUACUUUUGUAAAUAUAUACUUGUGGUUGCAGAAUAAAUAGUCAUUAAAGCUGUG